UGGCGGUACUUUCCGAGUAUGGAAGAAUGACUGGCCCUUUAAUUUGGUAAUGCCCCAACCUCUAGAAUUAGUUGUGUUUCAUAGAUCGCACACACACACUACCCCAGUCGAGACAUUAUGGGUGAUGAAGAAUUUCAGGUGAAGUGUGUUAAACCUUCGGAAGAGGAUGACGAAAAUAACCCAGGGUCAGGGGUGGAAACAGCAUACGAUAUCAUGCUGGAAAAUGGUUUUCACCCAGUUUGGGUCAGCAAGUCAGAUUGCCUGAAAGUGAAAGAAAGACAGAAGAACUGUGUUUAUAUUAUUGAUCCCUUUCGUGGAAAUGCUUUUGAACAUUUAGCAUCUAUUGGAUGCAGGGUAUUUGGUCCACAGUGUGUGCUGUCAUGUCUUCAUCUCAAAGUGGGAAUACCAAAGAGGAAAGUGCCUAUUUACAGCCUUGCCAUGAAAGAUUUAAUAAUAAGCUGUACCAGCCUUGACAAGAAAACCAGAGAAGAUGUAAUGCAGAAAGUGCAGUGGAUGGGAGGAGAAGUUAGUAAGGACUUCACUGAGUAUGUGACACACCUGGUGGCUGGAGAAGUAGGCAGUAAGAAGUACAUUGUAGCUGGAGGUUUGGGUAAACACAUCAUGUCACCAGAAUGGGUUGAACAAGUCUGGAACAAGGGGAAAAACAGACACCUUCACGGCACAGAUGAACAGUUUCAGAAAUGGAAAUGCCCGAUCUUCAAAAACAUGGUGAUCACAGUGUCUGGCCUAGAUUCAGAGAAACGCAAGCAAGUCAAGUCAUUAGUUGAAGCUGAAGGCGGAUCUUACUCGGGGGAAAUGAAGGUCAAUGAGUGCACCCACCUGAUAAUUAAAGAGCCAAAAGGACAAAAGUAUGAGUUUGCACGUAAGUGGAAGAUCCAGAUAGUGUCCCUAAAGUGGCUGUCUGACAGUGUGGAGAAGGGGUUUUGUCAGGAUGAAGAGCAAUACAGGGUGGAGUCUGCUGAGGGCGUGCCACAGAGAGCCCAGGUGUCCACAUCAACACCAGACAAGGACAAGAAAGGCAAAGGUCAAAGGUUAUCCAGUUUGAAUGACAUCAGCUCCAUCUCCCAUCUACCUGAUCUUAGUCAUCUGAACGAGACGGCUCAGACAAACUUGACCAGACUGACCAGCACAGAUGAGGUAGACUCUCUGCUAGAGCUGGACCUCAGUAAAUACCCAGCAGAGCUGUUCUUGGAUGGCUGCAGGAUAUACCUGUCUGGAUUUAGAGGCCCACAGUUGGAGAAAUUACGGAAAAUUAUAAACUGUGGUGGAGCUACAAGAUUUAACCAGAUCAAUGACAGUGUUACCCAUGUGGUAAUUGGAGAAAAGAUAUCAACGGAUCUGAAAACACUACAACAGGCCAGCUUCAGGCCACAUGUUGUUACAGCAUCAUGGUUGGUUGAAAGUUUGAAGUGUGGCAAGCUGCAGGACGAGAAGAAGUUUUAUUGUCUACAGUUGCCUCCCUUGGAGUCUGCAUCUGCAAAGCCCAAAGUUGUAAAAUGUGCUGGUCCUGACACUCCGAGUGUGAAGGAGACAGCUAAUCAUACAGAAGAUGAGGAUAGGGAGAUGGCGGAGCUGAUGAGCCAGUACAUGAGGCAGCAGACUGAUAUCACUGUGCAGCCAGAAGGGGAAGUAACUGUAGCUGAGCCUGUAGAAAACAGUGGUGAUGUCACUCAGGAACCGGUUGGUGCUGGAGCUCAAGAUGGGGGAAUAUUUUCUGGGAAGAAAUUUAUCUUUUUGGGUUUUGAGGAUGAUCAACAGGCAGAGUUAGCAGGAUAUACAGAGGAACAUGGAGGUAAAGUUGUGUCUGGAGGCAGCCGUCAGGUUUGUGACUAUGCCAUUGUACCUAUCGGAGGGUAUCCUGUCACAGUAACAGUCACAGAUGUCCUCACCAACGCUUGGCUUCAAAUGUGUUUGGAGCAAGAGGAGUUGCUGUGUGCAGAUGAUAAUGAGUUGUUUCACCCUCUGGAGAUUGUGGAUGAGAACUCACCCCUUGAUGGCUGUGUCUUGUCAAUAAGUGGAUUUUCGGGUACAGAAAGGGAUUGUUUGAUGCAUAUAGCGGAAGUCCUGGGAGCCAGAUGUCAGGAGUAUUUUGUGCGUAAGGCUAACAAUAAAGAUAACAAGGGCCUGGCAGCCAGCACGCAUCUUAUUACCAAAGAGGCAGGCGGAUCCAAAUAUACAGCCGCCAAGAAGUGGAAGCUUCCAGCGGUUUCUAAACAAUGGUUGUUUGCCUGUGCGAGAUCAGGUAAACAGGAGAAUGAAGGUGAUUAUCUAAUAGACAAUGUGAAGACAGAUAGCACAGAACCAGCCACCAGUGGUCUUACAAACACUGACAAUCCUAACCUUGUGGCGCCUCCAGCUCAACAUGACAUACAGAAUGGACAGAACACCCAUGCUGACAAAAGAAACAAGGAUAAAAGAGAUAGUCUGAACAAUGGCGAGGCAGAGAAAUUGCAGGCAUCAAAUGAUGAGCAAAGUGAUGAGAAGUGUGAAGUAUUUGAUCAAAGAGUGGACAUAGUUAACCAGGAAACUGAGCUUCCUGAAGAGAAUGAUGCACCUGUGGCCCAGGGGCAGCCACACUCUGGUACUGAUUGUCCAGAUGUUCCGUUCCCAAACGAUGACUAUGCAGACAUGACUCUCCCACGAGAACACAUCCCAGACGUGCCGCAGCCACCCGUAAUUCAUGUCUCUCCACCAGGGGGCAGCAGCCAGAAAGAAAAUCAGGGAGCCCAGUAUGCCACACCCAUCAUUACCAGACCACAGCAUGGCAGAGUCAAGGAGUUGGCAGAACAUGGGCACGCUGCAGGCAAUGUGAGAACUCCAGGCACUGCUGCUAGGAUGGGAAUUGACACACCCAGCAAAUUCCUUAACCCACAGAAAACUUACAAUCCAAAUUUUGAUCUCAAUGAGUUUAUGUUGGCGGUGGAAUCUCCUAUGAGUUCUAACACACCUUGUGGUAAAAAAGCCGGGAGACGGAGGAAGUCGAGUUUGCCAUUAGAAGAAGCCAUUCAGUUUCACAUGUCAGUGGGAAUGAAAAAUAGCACAAUGUGUAGGGCAGAUAAUGCUGCAAAACAGAGAGGAGAGCAGGAUGGUGACAGCAUGUUUGAUGACAAAGACUUCUCAAAGUUCCCGGUUCUGGAUCAGAACAAAGGUCCUCUUCGCGGAGUGGUGAUAGCAGUCAGUAAGAAGCUGAGUAACCACCAGGCAGAAUACAACAACAUGGCAGCUUCCCUGGGAGCAGACUACAGAUGGACAUACGACAAGUCCUGUACACAUUUCAUAUUUCAGGGUCGGCCAAAUGAUAUUAACAAAGAAUUCAGAACAGCCCGAGAGCAUGGGAAGCUGGUGGUGUCUCCACAUUGGCUAACAAUGUGCAAAGAACAGAAUGCAAGGGUAGAUGAGAGCCUCUUUCCACAUAACUACAACCCAAAUCUCAGUCUAUCUGUGGUAUCUGGUAAGCGUGAUACUCCUGCAAGGUCCACCAGGAAAUCCUCACGCAAUGCGUUACGCUCACAAGCUCAGGAGACACCCAAGUCUACAAAACCUCGAGCCCUUUCCACAGAUGAUGUUCCCGCUAAAUUCUCAAAGUCAGACGAUCUGAAGAAUGACACUGCAGAAAAGGUUACGCCUGUGGAAAAAUCUCCACCUGUUAGUGGUAUGGGCGAUAAUGUCCUAGAUGAAGAAUCAAAGGUCCCGUUGUUGGAUAUGGGAGGAACGCUAGAAAUAAGAGAGGCCUUUAACAAUAAAAUCAUGAACAUCAUGGCAACUACAAAUUUCCAUUUGUCUGGGUCACCCAUGGCCGAGAGCAUGACAAAGAAGACUCCAAGGAGGAAGAGCAGGAGACAGAACUCCAGUGGGGUUGUUGACAGUGAGAAUUCCUCCACAGAUAGUGUGGGUAGGAGCCGGACAUCGGCACGUAACAGACAGAGGACUUCCCCAGAAGAGAAGGUAGGGAGCGGACAGAGGAAAUCCAGGCGCUCAAGUAAACAUUCAGAACAGUCCAACCCUGAACCGUCUCAGAGUGUACAGGUGACCUGGGAUGAUGAAACUGGCAGGUUGGAACAGGAGAGGUUAGCUGUGGAGCUUCAGCGAGCUCACAGUCCCACCCAGUGUAGUCAGGCUUACCCCCCUGGGUUGGAGUUUGAUGAGAACGCCCAGUUUUCAGACCUGGAGAAGGAUGACUCUAUGGAGAUUCAGUUUAACACAAAGGCGAAAGAGGAUAAGUCUUCAAAAAAGUCAGGAGAAUUCAGAACCCCCACACCAGAGCCUCCAUCCUUGGGAUUUCCUAUAGCCCAGGCAAAUCAAAAGGAACCAGAGCCUAUAGAACUGAUUGAGGAGGAGGGUAAGGAGGGUGAAGAUGACCCCGCUCCACCACCGCCAGUGUUUAUAGUCUCAGGGAUGCAGCAACAGGAGAGGGAUGACUAUGGUGCUCUAGUUGAACAGUUAGGGGGUCGCAUGUUGGAGGGACAGCAUUAUGAUUCCUCCUGUACUCAUUUAGUGGUUGGCAACCCCACAAGAAAUGAAAAGUUUUUAGCUUGUGUGGCAUCAGGAAAAUGGGUCUUGCACAAGUCUUAUUUUGAGGCUUGUCGACAAGAGGGUCAUUUUGUUCAGGAAGAAGUGCAUGAGUGGGGUAGUGAUGGCACCCGAAUUAUUCUGGCAAAUUCUUCUGCCCUGACCAUGCGGCUGGCUGUAGCCGCUCAUCGCUGGAGGAUUCGUAUACAAGACAGUAUUAAGGCAAACCAAAGUUGUCGGGGAGCAUUUGAAGGUUGGAAAGUUGUAUUAUGUACAGAUAAGAAUAAGGAAGAGAACUUCAAGCGGCUGUUGGAAGCUGGAGGUGCUCAAGUUGUGGCAACUAGACCACCUUUUUCAAGCUCUCUUGAUGCCACCCAUGCAUUCUUAGACCUGCACAAGAUUAAGUUGUCACAAGAUGAUUUGGAGCAGUUACUACAUGAUGGUGUGAACUGCCUGAGGCCUGACUACAUAGCCUCCUUCUUGACUGAGGACCCCCCUCCUAACCCUGACGAGAGCUGUCCUACGGAGGUGAUGGCCCUGAAAGCCAGUAUAUCUGGUCCAGAACAAACAGCUAGGAAGAGGAAGGCGUCAUCUACUAGCGACAGCGGUAAAAGAUCCAGACGUGUGUAGAUAUGCGAGAUGAUCUGGGAAGACAGAAUCAGUGUGUAAACUAAUGGCGAUAAGCAGGAUUCCACUGAAAUCUGAAAUCAAGCAGUGAUUUGGUCACUGCCGACUGAACAAAGUGUGAAUAGUGGAGAUUGAGAGUUGUAUGAGCAUGUAGAUAUGACCGGUGUACAGUGCUUCUAAACAUUUGACCCAUCAACAUAUUCCAUUUAAAUUUCAUGAAUCAAACUUUUGUCCAUCAUACUAUCAAAUCAUUGCUGGGUGAAUGGUUUGUGCAAAGGAAACAAGACUCGUUUUUUAUCUGAUGCUGACUAUUCUAACUUGACACUUUCUAUAGAAUCACCAUGAGUGAAACAUCUUUUUUCAUUCGAUUGCUCAAGGGCUCUUUGUCAGGUAGUGUAUUUAUUUUCUAACAGAAUUGAUGAGGUAAACGUUUCUUACAAUGUCAGUUUUCCAAAAGUAUGUGUAUUGUUAAUCAACAAAUUAUAUUUCUUUUCUCCUUUAAUCCUUUUAGUAAUUGUAUCAAUUUUUAAAGACAUGUUGGAAGUCUGUACCUACUUAAAAUUCCGUACAAGAAAACUUGUCAUGUGGCCUUGUUACACAAACCAGUGAGUUUUCAGUUGGGCUCAAUAAAU